AUCGCUAUCUUGUCGAGUUGCCGGAGAACCAAUUGUCGUUACUGUAAUUUUUAGAUCUUUGCUGCUUAUCGUUCUGCACAUUUCCCUCGUCUCUCAGGUCUCAACUUCUUUGCGUAUCUUGAAAUGUCUCAACAAGUUGCUGCCCGUAGUCCUCUGUCGGUAAUAUUCCUGCUUCACAUAGCUUUGGAGGCACCUCUUGCGAUUCAAGGUGUCUGGUCUCCUCAAGCACUCCCUUUCCUUCAAAUGAACAACUCCACCGUGGUUAUCCUCAAGCUAUAUGCAGCCUUAAUUCUUGGCACUUGUGUCGCGACAUUCCUCGCGUAUCCGCUCCCUGAAUUCUUGCCUGGAAAGCGGGCUCUUGCUAUAGGUCUUUGCAUUUACCAUAGCGUAGUGUCCACAGUCCUCUUCCAAUCCCCACGUUUCAUCCCUCACUCGUUUGGGCCAUUUAUGGAACAGAUGAAGUUAACACCAGAGGUUGUCUGGGGUACUCUUCACGGUUUUAUAGGAUUAGGCAUGGUAGCCUGGUGGCAGGGGACUUUGCAGUAUGGUGCCAUGGCGAGGAGGAUGCAGUAAAUCUCCCUGCCCGACUGACUAGGUAGCCACCGGGCCUGGAAUAAUUCAUGCGUGUCAAAGCCUCGGGAACAGUGCAUACGUUGGCACACUGUCUCAUCGUGUAACUCUUGCCACGCUAUGGGGGGGAUUUUUUUUGUUGGAAUAAUAUCAGUGCUUUCAUGAUGUCA